UCUACUCAUUUAAUUGCAUGUUAAUUUCCCACUUGACAUUCACUUAAACUUUGAUAACCACUAAGCUAUGCUCAGUACACGCAACAGACCAUUUACCACACAACCAUUAGAUCCAUCCACCAGACAACAUGCAAAAUUGUACUUUAAACUCAUUCAAGUCACACACCACAAACGCAUCAUUGACAAUGCCAUUUCAUCAAACACCCUCCCAACAGGCAUGAUGAGACAAGCGCAGAAACUCACUGACUUUGUCAAGCCUGCAGCACCCACACCCCACACAAGGCAACAAAUACAUACACACACCACUGCAUGGAUGGCAGGCACCAUAGACAUCUUACAGACACAUUACGAAACACAACUACAAACACUCAUACAACAAGCACCACCAUUUCAUGACACAGCAUUUAACAUUGCCACUAACUGGGCAAAAAAACGAUACACACACAAACUUUCCUCUCUCACUCUACAAUCAGCACAUACACAUGCCAGUUCUCUCCCUCCACCCGCACACCUACACACAACACCACAACAAACACCACAACCCAACCAGCACACAAUACCCACAAUCCCAGACCUCCAGGAUCUAACCUCCUUCCCUCCUCUCUCACACACACACCCAUCCAAUGACACCCAGACUGCUGCACCUACACAAACAGAAACAGUAACACAACCAACAACUCCACAACACACACCACAGCCAACACUACAUUUAUCACCAACACACAUCUCAGACACACACCCCGACCAUGACUCGUUUACAUCUACACAACCACAACAAACGCAAGCAACACCUUCACAACACAACACUGAAGCAGUCUCUCCCACAAUCCCACUCAUACCUCCUCCUACCCCAGGCCAGGUUCCUAUCCUACCUGCUCUAAGGAGGACCUCCUCCUCCAGCCCACACCCUCCACCCCCCCUCUCCACCCCUCAUUGCAUCUUGAAACCAUUAGCUACACACCUCAAAUCAACACACACACAAGCUGAACAUUCACACCCACGGAGGCCCAACACACACUACUGGAAAAAGGUCUGUCUUUCAUUCCACAGCCACCACACAGGAACCAGGAGGAACUUCAAAGGGACCUUUACCUUUAUCACCGCAGACUCAAACUCAUUCACCAUUUCAAGGAUCAGGACAACUAUACACCCAUUCCAUUUACAUACCCCGCCACCUGGCAGCCUCCCAGCUCUCAGGUAGAGGGAUCCA